GUUCCUUCUUCUCCAAUCAAAUAACAACCAUAACAACAAUAAUUACUUUGUCCAUCCUUCUAAACCAAGCAAAAUUACUUGCCUACCACUCUCUUGCCUUUUGUUUUUUCUUUUUUCUUUCUCAUCUCGUCUCAUUCUCUCUUAUCUUAAUAACAAUGAGCAAUAAUAUCGCCAACCACACUGAUAAUGCUGAUUUUGAAUCUCAAGUAUUAAUCAGCUUGCCAAUUGAUUCAAAACAAGAUAAAACUGAUAAUACUAAUAGUUCAAAAAUCGAUUCAGACUCAAUCAAUAAAAAUAACUUGAACAUAACCACGACAGAACUACCAAACUCUUUACCAAGCUCAAUACCAAACUCAAGAAGAUCUUCAACUAGCUUAACUAACAAAAUUGACACCAAGUCUAUUGUUUCUGCUGCUACUAAUAACAAAAACAGCAUAAUGAUCUCUUAUAAUCAUGCUCCAAGCAAUUCUUCUUCUUUCUCUCUAUCCUCCUCAUCCUCAACUGAAGAUGUAAACUCUCUUCACAAAAAUGUCAUCAACCAAAAAGACACCAAUUUCGACUUUCCACAAACUAACAAGAAAAAACUAAACUCAAUUCAAAAAAAAUUAGUCAUCCCAUUUCACAGAAUCAUUUUGGCAAUGCUCGACCAAGUCUCUGGCAAAAAUCAUAUAGCAAAAGUCAUUCAAUUCACCAUAAGACUAUUGCUCAUGUACUCUGACCACAUUAUCAAAAAAUACUCAAACAAUAAUAUCAAAUUGAAAAAUUCCCUCUUCUUAAGAACAAACCUAUUACUCUCAACCCAAAUCUUCUAUAGAUUAAAAGAUGCUCCUCCAUUUAUCUCACUAUACAGACAAUUCCUAAGAGUGGGUAAAACCCCCUUUAGAUUCUUGGAUUUUUACAACUAUUUUUCCUCAAACACUCUUAAGAACCCAAAUGCCAAAAAUAUAAAUAACAAUAACUUUCCAAACUUCUUAUUCUCCGAUAAAUUCCUAUCUCUAUCCAUAGGAACCUACUAUGGUAUCUUUGAUGAAAUUUCCCUCUUCUUUAAGUUAGGUAUACUAAAGGAUAAAAAACUAAAAAAAAGAGUAUCUUAUCAUGAAUCCUUUUCCUGGUACUUGGAUAUUCUUUUCACUUUGAAAAAUCAACUUCGCGAUUACUCCAUCUUGCAAAAUAAAAAACAACACCUAUCAAUCGAGAAAAAAAUUAAAUUAAGAACUCUAUACCAUUCAAGAGAUUUGGUAUCCUCAACUUCAAUAUCCUCAAAUUUAACCAACUCCUUCUCAUUCUCUUCUCCUUCUCUACAUAACAACAGAAAUCCAAGACGUUCCACUUCCAUCGAUAACUUGAAGCACAUUGACGAAAAACUAGUCCAACUUGAUUACGAAAUCAAAAUGAUGAAACUAUCGUUAUUAAAAACGUUAUGUGAUUUUUAUUUUGAUUCCGUUGAUUUAUUCAAUUUAAAAUUUAAUCCUUUUUUCUACACAAUCUCGGGUUUCGGCGCAGGGUUUCUCUCUGCUUUAAAAGUUUAUAUUGAAACUAAAAGAGAUUUGGAAAAUAAAUAAAUCAAUAAAUAAUUGCACAAGUAUCCAAAUCACCAAAAUUCAUCUUUUCAAAUCCUAUAAUACCAAAUCUUGUAUUAAUAACAAUAUUGUUUAAUUAGCCUCUAUUAAAAUAUUUUUUUUUCACUUUUACAGUCUUUCUCUUCUCAUGCUUCUAUUCUUAUAUCUUAUUCAAUCUGCUAUU